AUGCAGGGUCCCCACCUCAUACCCAUCAGUUCUGGACAUCCCAGGGCUCAAAAUUAUGCUCUUUUUGGUAAGCACAAAAGCAACACUCUCCCAAUCCCUUCUGAUCCCUUCAGCCAACCUAACAGCAGCUCCUCCUGUUUCAUCCUUGUGGGUGUCCCCGGCCUGGAAGCUUUCUCCACCUUCCUGGGCAUCCUUUUCUGCUCAGGCUAUAUCAUUGCCUUGGUAGGAAAUGGUGUUGUUUUGCUCGUCAUCAGGCUGGACAACUCCCUCCGUGCCCCCUUACACUUCUUCCUAGGCAUGAUGGCAGUCAUUGAUGUGGUGAUGGUGACAUCCAUCAUCCCCAAGAUGCUGAGCACAUUCUGGCUGAAGUCUAGAGAGAUCGGUUACAAGGCCUGUUUUGUUCAGAUGUUUCUUGUCCACUCCACAACAUCAGAGGAGUCCGGAGUGCUCCUGGCCAUGGCUGUUGACCGCUAUGUUGCAAUUUGUCACCCCCUCAGGUACCAAAUCAUCUUGGAUCACCGAACAGUUGCCCAAAUAGCCCUGGCCAUUGUGUUAAGAGCUUUCCUCUUCAUCAUUCCCUUGCUAGUGAUGGUGAUGAACCUCCCCUACUGCCGCUCCCGUGUGGUUCCCCACUCGUACUGUGAGCACAUAGCUGUGGUGAAGCUGGCGUGUGCAGACCCCAGACCCAGCAGGCUUUACAGCGUGGCUGGAUCCUCACUUAUCGUAGGGAUGGACAUGGCCUUCAUUGCUGUGUCCUAUAGAAUGAUCUUGAAGACUGUCCUGCAGAAGAAAUGGUGCAGGAAGGCCUUCAGCACCUGCGCGUGCCACGUAUGUGUGAUGCUGCUGUAUUACAUCCCUGGGAUGGUCUCCAUCUGGGCACAGCAGUUCGACAGCAGUGUGUCCACAUGGGCACGGGUUCUGCUGGCGGAUCUCUACCUGAUCCUCCCCACCAUGCUGAACCCCAUAGUUUACAGCAUGAGGACCAAGCAGAUCCGCAAGGCACUGCUCAGAACAUUGUUUUCCAGGAUGGCUCGUGUCUGA